UCUGACUCCAUCUGAAGCAACUGCGCAUAGCAGACGCCUGUGAACACUCAACUUAGACAGCAAGUCAGCGACAUAACUGUCACCCGUUUAGCCUUUGAGUUGUCUGCAUUCGACAGCGGACGCAACUGCGAAAUUCUUUCUUCACAUUCCGUACGAGACGAAACUCACAAGUGCGAGCGAACAUCGGUGACCAGCAUCUUCCGUCUCACGCAUCUCUGGACUCUAACAGGGAUAAACGAUGUCUUACCGCGCGCACAAUUUCCACCCGAAACACCAGAGACUUUCUCGUCUAUGCUUAUAAAGCGUGUUUUUUUUUUAAUCCUGAUAUUAAGGAAGAUGCUCACAUCCUCUGCUUAAUGCUAGGCAUCCCUUCCCGGAGCAAAAAGUGGGCGUUUUCUACAACCGAAGGAUUCAUGCGAGCGCUGCAAGUUCGCUGUUUGAACAAUUUACAUGUUAAUAAAAUAAUUCGCUUUAUUGCUUUGAUGUGAAGAAAGUGAUGCUAAAGAUGCGUCAGGGUGAAUAAGAACAGUGAUAGGCUACUGAUAAAUAGCCUAUAUGGCACAGGAGAAUGUGUAUAAUAACCGCAGUAUAGUGGAAAAUUACAUCCACCAUAAGCUGUGGAAGAAGGGAUACGUGUGGGAAGUGAAUGGACAUGACAGUGUCUCGAAUGGACUGAGUAUGAGGAGGCAGGAGAACAGCGUCGUCUCUCCCAGCUCCCGUCACGACCUGUACAGUUCUCUUCAUAACGUGCUACGAGAGGCUGGGGAUGAACUGGAGAGUUUAUAUCAGUCGGACUUUGCGGAGAUGUCCAAACAGUUACACGUCACGUCCAUCACGGCACAUCAGCGCUUUAACGCAGUCAUAGAUGAGCUGUUCAGGGAUGGCGUGAACUGGGGCAGAAUAAUCGCUUUUUUCGAGUUUGGGGGCACCGUUUGUGUUGAAUGCGUGAAUAAGGAGAUGAUUGGGCAGGUGGAUAUCAUUGCUGUCUGGAUGGCAGACUACCUAAACGGGCCGCUUCACGGUUGGAUCCAGGAGAACGGCGGUUGGGAAGCAUUUGUGGAGCUCUACCGCAGCCAGAGGGAUUCUGUGUUUCACAGUUCAUGGUCAUCAAUAGUAACGGUCUUUGGUCUAGCUGCUCUCGGGGCUGUUGGCUUGACCAUAGGAGCCUACCUUGCUCAACAAUAAGGAACCUUCUGCUUCUUCACACGCCUGCCCUCUUUUCUAUCCAGUCAACUCUCUCUGUGCUGUUAAAUCUCACUCUCUGCUUUCCCCAGAAGACAAUUAUGUCCCAGGACUACUCCUCUACAAAGCUUUUCUCCCACUCUAUUCAAGUCUUUUUUUCUCUGCUCUCAAACACAUAAAGAAAAGAAAAAAAAAUUAAUCCAUAGCUGACACAUCAUGAGAGGUUGGCGGAAAAGAUAGAUAAAAGGUCAAGGACACUGAUGGCAUUUUAUUCACAUCUUAAAUAAUUUUGAGUGUAGUAUAUAACAGACUUUGGUUUCCAUAUAUAUGUAAAGAUGAUUAUAAAGAUAUAAUUAUCUGCAUGAAGCAAACAAGAACAAGAAAACAAGUCCUGUUUUUGUAAGAUAAUGUAAGAAAGAACCUGAAGAAGAAUGAGCAAAAAGAAAUAGUGCAACUGUGUAUCCCUUGCACACAUGGCAAGUUUGGUUUGAUUAAAGUCCACUCUGCUGCAAUUACUCAUCUAAAUAAGUAUGAAAAUAAGUAUGAAUGCUGCCAUCAAAACCACGGUGCACACCAAAAAAGCAGACUGAGACCACUGGACAGCUAAUUCUCUAUUCACUUCCAAAUUACUCUGUUGCAGUUCAAAUGAAGUAUGAAUGGAACAUGCACUUACAGUAAGACUACUGAUGAGAAACUAAAACAGGACAAGAUGCCACCAUCAAAAGGCAGAAGGCUUAAACAUACCAGCUUUUUCUUGUCACAGUCACAAUGUUACUCUCCACAGUUGGAAACAGGUGUCAGAAAUGUGUCCUCUUACAGCAUAUCUUUAUUUGUGUGUCUGACAGAGAAAUUCCUGUUGAUGUUUUAAAGAGUUUCUCCACCCAAAAGGCCUUCCUUAAUCUCCAGAACACAAAAUAUGGUAUUUUCAGAUCAAAUCUGAGAGCUCCCAUAUGCUCCAAAAAAGGAACCAAAAAACCUUGUCAAAAUAUUUCAUGUGACUUCAGUUAUUCAACUGUAAUCAAGUGAAGCUCCAAGAACAUUUUUGUGCACAAAAAAAUUGCACAUUUACUGUGGGCGAUAUGACGUUUGCAUGUUGGGCUGCUGACUCUAAUGGCAAUAUACUAAAAGCACAGCCUGAUGACCUGACGUGAGAGAGAAGAUUCAUCAUUACAGUCUUUGGGACACAAAGUUGUUUUAGGAGCUUUAUAUAAUUACAAUUGAACCACUGAACUUACAUGGGAUGUUUUGAAAAUAGUUUUGGUUCCUUUUCCGGACAUUGAACAUCUCUGGACUGCUGUCUAUGGAGGAUGAGGUACCUAUCAGAAAUCAUCUGAGAUAUCUUAAUUUUUGCUCAGUAGAUAAAUGAAGCUCUGGGGAGUGUUUUAUUAUAUUUUAAUAGCUCUUCACAAGUUUUCAGGUGAAAAAAAUACCAUAACACGUAUGUGUAUACUGUAUAUUGUCUUAAACCCUGCAUUCACACCAUGUUGUAGUUACAAGAUUAGUCGCAUUCUCAUUGAACUUGUAAAUACAAUUUGUAAACUAGAAGUUUUUAGACAGCUUCUUUCAGUUUCUUGUACCAUCUGACUGUUCUACCACUUAACCACUAAAGAAUGCAGAUUCAUUUAGGGUGUUAUGAUCAGGUGUUAAGAGCUGCAUACACAUAUAUGCAUAACUUUGAGUCAGAGAACAUUAAUCAGCCCAGAAGAGAAUAUUACAUCUUUCAGGUACAUCCCUCAAACAUCUCUCUUCAGAAUGUGACAAGCACACCACGUUUUAGAUGACAAGAAACAAAAAUCAUCUUCACAUUUGGAAAUAUUAUACACAUUUCAUCAGACUAAUUAUAAACUGGAGCACCCAAUGUCAGUCACUUAAGCAAUUAUAUUUUGAAAAUACAUACAUUACAUUUUGAAAAUAAUACAUCGUUUAAUUCACUCAGUUACAAAAUAUUUGUUAAAUGUAAAUAAAUUUUAUACAUGAUUAACUCUGAGAGGCUGUAAUAGGCUAUUAAGGACUCUAUUUAACAAAAAUAAAGACAAUUAACCAAAACUAGCUGAGUAAUAUCAACCCUAUGCACUUCUUCCUAUUUAUUCAUUUUGAUUUUAGUGGAACAAAAGAAAAACACAAUAAACAAUACAGAAUAUGUAUUUGGAGAGUCGCAGAUAUCCUUAAACGGAGAAUACCAGCUUCAGAAGAAGCAACAACAAAAUGUCUUUGUUGUAAAUAUAACAAAUAUUGAUUUCAUGUAGUCAUUUCUGACAUUUGUAUAGUAUGGCAAUUUGAAUUGAAACACUAUAUUUUAUGUGGCAUAUUUCAUGUGGCUUAAGCCCACUAAAUUUCAUUCUGCAUUCUUCAUUUGUGAUUCUAACAAAAUGUCUUAAAUCAGAUAUAUUUUAAAUGCUUCACUGUAAAGACAUUUUAUUAAUUAGAAAUGUUUCUAAUUAAACCAAGUUAUCAUUUUUUAGGGGGUCGUCUGCUAGUGACAAAUAAUAAUGGCUACCAAAAUAUAAUUAUAGUUUAGCUUGACAUAAGCAACAAAUACUUUAACCUAUAUCAAGAUGUAUUCUGUGAAAACCACUACAUGUUACACAACUACGUAUAGAGAUUUUACAUAAAAGUAAAAUAAUUGGUUAUUUUACACAAUAUUGAAAUAAUAUACACAUCAAAAACAGGUUUCAACGUAAAACUUCAUGCAUUUUAAAAAGUUCAAUUAUAUAUGUCCUUCGAAAAGCUUUUGAAAUGGAUUUAAAUAUGAUUACUCAACCCACAUCAGAAAAUAGACGUACUCCAAAUAAAACUUAACAAAUGUAAUCAUAUCUGCUUUUUGAAGCCACAUACACUGUAAAAUAUAUCAAUAAAUUAGCAGUUUUUUGUAUUUUAUGAUUCAUGUUUUUUCCCUGUUUAUUUAGGCUUUUGAAUUGCAGGAGAUAAAUAAUAAAAAACGUCAAUACGCAAUAACCGGUUAUGAUCUAUAACUGAACCGAUAUUGAAUUGUCCCUCUCUGCAUUGCAGUGCACCUAAGAAACAAUACAUUUUGACACCCCUAGUUUUGAUCACCAGCAGUGUAGCUCUCGCAGAUCACUGGAGAACACUCCCUGUCAAUUACCUGAUCUAUAUAUCCCCUCAUGCCCUGCAGUCACACACCAGUUUCAGUUCACCUCCCUGAUUACACAAAUGCAGCUGAAGCUUGUUAUGCUACCUUCCUUGACGUUUUUGUCUGUUACACCACCUACUCUUUUAGAUUAUCAUCAUUCUACCAUCUGCUCCUAUAUUGAACCUUGCUUGCUUGACUACGUCAGUAAAAGCUGCAUUUGGAUCUAACCCUUCUUGUUUACUUCAUCAUUACAGACAACUAAGCAACAGCAUGGAUCCAGCAGUAUCUUUAGUUCAUCUAUGUCAAGGUGAGCUCUCCCUUGAGAACUACAGGAUUUUUUGAACAUUGCUAACACCACUGAUCUUCCAGACUGUGUCUUCAUUGACUUUUUUUAUUCACGGUCAAAAUUAACCAUUAAAAAGCAUACUUAGUUGGUUCUCAAGGGACAGUUAUAAUAACUGUCCCUAAGUUAUAGACACUACAAUAAUGCUGGCAUCCCUUAAAGUCCUAUAGUUAUUGCCUAUAGUCUCCUGCUCAUUAGUCUAGACUGCAGCCAACUCACAAAAUUACAUAAUAUAAUUGCAUAAUAUCCAAUUACUUAGGUUGCUAAUUUAGUCAUUUCCAUACAACUUGCUAAUAUCAGUAAUUAAAUGAUUAAAAGUUCUUCAUGCUAGCUCCUGCUCCGUACACUCAAAUGCGCCUUAAAAAUCUAUAAAAUCGUGUCACAACAUGGAGGUAACGCAGACUCCACAUAAUCUACUGGAUAUAACAGAUUUCAGGAGAAUUCAGAAUGAAUCAAAACUUAACACUUUAUUUUGACCAAGAGUCUACAUUUUAAACAUUAAAAUAGCAUCACACAGUUAUGUCCACUAAGAAGAAUAAAGAUGCCGCUUCUGUCAUGUCCGCUUCGGACAUUAAAAGUUAAAUUCUGUAAUGUAAAAGGCAAAAUAUGUGAUGCGAUCUUCCUGUCUGAACGCACUGAGGAGAGCUAAAUAUACAAAAACAGUUAAACUAUCAAAAUAAACCACAUACUAUAUGUAAUAAAGCUGUAUCAGUGCAUAUUUCCUGCCAGUUCUGUGUAAACUACUGCAAGAUGAGUUUAUUUGUUUAUAUAUUUAUUUAUAUGGUAAGAUGACGAGAACAGCUUAAAGUACUAAUGCACAGGAUAUAUGCACAGUAUAUGCACAGAAACAAUGUACAUUGUUCAUACUGUAUUUUCUGUUUUUAAAUAAUAAUAAUAAUAAUAAACUUGAAAGAAAUGCUUAAUAUUAAGCUUAAGUUUCUAUUACAGUAUUAAGACUAAGAUAAACGAAUAAGAUCUUUAGUGGUUUAAAGUUAUGAAUUGGAGUUAUUCCACACUAACUGGACAUAAAACGUUCUUCCACAUCUAAGAAAAUAAAUCACUAUAACUUUUGAUUUUUCAUACUGACACUGAAAAAUAUUAUCUCCGUAGAAUUGACAAGCCUUUGUUGUCUAUCUUCAAGUAAAAUAAAAUAUAUAACAUAAUGUUCACAAUCCUACUAAAAAAAAUCUUAUUACUCAAAAGUUGGAAAUAUGAACUUCGUUUCAAAGGCCUCAAUUACUCAAAGAUAAAUCCAAGAGUUAGAGAUGGAUGAAGUACGUUGCAGCAUAUAAGUCUCUGGUGCCAAAGCUCAGAAACUCACACACUGCAACAGAGUAUCCUUGCUACAAGAUCCCAAUGACUUUUUUGCACAUUUCCCUUAAAUACUCAACUCAGAACAAACAGCCAUAAAUUCAAGACAAUAAAAGCUUCACAACGACCCUUGUCUGGUAAUGAUGUGUCAACCUUUGUCCCUUGUAGAGGAGCAUCUGACCAAGAUCUUGUCAAAGUCAAAAGCCAAAUAAACAGAUAAAAGGGAAAUUGUGAAAUCUAUACUACUUUACCAAUCACACAGAGACAUUUAAAAUGGCCAAAGAUGAAAGGGAAAACAUAAAGAUUCACAAGAUACACUGUAUUGAGAACUUUCUGUGUGGAAGAGUGUUGGUGACCUGCUCUGGUGAAAAAGGUAAAGUAGAGGGCAGAGAGGGGGGCUCUAGGUGGGUAACUGAUACAGCUGAACAACUUGAUUCCUAGCCGAUCUUCUUCUCAGAUUAGAAAGUUUAUUGUUUUAGUGCCUGACAAUUCUCGUGGUCUUGCCUCAUGAAAUUCUACAACAGUUCUCAGCGUCUGUUAUUAUGGAGAGACUUCCCAAUUCUAUUUUUGUACCCCAACCUCUUCCAUUUCUUAGGGGGGAAAUUUUGAAGCCCUUCCCCUUCGCACUUUGUUUUGUCAUAUGUCAUUGCAAUCCCUUCAAUCAGACAAUUGCGACUGCUGUAGUUAUUCUAGUUGUGUUAUUUUUUGGUAUUGAUCUUCAGGAAAUCACUGAAGGCAUAUUAUCAUGUUAUCAUAACAAUAUAACGUGGUAAUAAGAUCAUAAUCAAAUUGUGCAUUUACAUAGUGGCUCUAUUCAUCUUAUGUAAACACACAAAAAACAACAUUGACAUUAUAGCAGACACUGUAAAAAGGUAAUUCCCAACCACUAGACUUUUCUGGUAUUCGAGUGUCAUGUCAUCGACAGAAUGUUGUGGGACUGCUAUACAGGAGUUGUUAGGGAUUAUGAUGGUAAAACACUAACAUGGUUAUAUAUGUAUUAAAACAUAUGCUUGUUUGUUGUAAAAAUUCAUGAUAAUGACAAAAAAUACUAAUUUGUACAUCUUCUGACUUCCGUGUGGAGCCAUGCGGCCAUUGUAGAUGGUGUAUUCUGGGAAAUUUUCUUACCCUUUAGUUGUGAGUGUGGUCCUUUUUUUUGGAUAACUUCCCCUUAGCCCCAUGCCUUCAAGCUAAAGAGAAUUGGGAUACCCCUACCCCUUCACAUGAAUGCAAAAAAUGAGGGUGGGGGUAAGGGGAAGGGCUAAGGGGCAGAAUUGUGAUUGGGAUUUUCCUCAAUAUUAAGUAGCCUACACAAAGUUCAGUCUAGCAUUCUUUCCUUGUAAGCUCAGACUUCACAAGUUUGAUAUGGAAAAUAAACUCCUGAGGACAUGUCGGGUGAAUCUUCAAACGGAACAGUUAUUACGGAACAGUUAUUAUUAUUCGCAUCACGUGGCUACGCUGUUUCUCUAUCUUAAUGAUAAAAUGAAAAUGAGAUAUAAGGAACUGUCCAUUUCAUUUCGAUGUUAACAUCUUA